AUGAAUAGACCUUCUCACCGCGAUGAUAUGCUACUUAUCAAGGUGGAAUCCAAAGGGAUCAGGACCAAUAUCGCUCUACCUCCACUUGUUAUGCCUGUGAGCAGGAAGAAGCGCAUCAUCCUUGAAGCUGACCGAGCUGAAUCAGAUCUGCGAGACAUGAAAGCACAUCUACAUAAACUACAUGAUCAAGAAAAGACAUUGACUCAUUCCGUUGAAUCAAAGAGACGAGCUCUUGAAGGAGCCAAAAGCCAAUCACAGCUACUCACAAACGAAUCCCUAUCUCUUGAAAUACAAGCCAGCAAAUCCCUGUCUGAUUUCCAGGACCUGGCAACAUCGUUGGGGACUCGAGAUGUUGAGUUGCAAAAGUUGUGGUUUGAGUGGAGGGAUUUGGUCAAGACGUGUCUUGUGAGUGAUGGUGGAGAUGAGAACGUUGGGAAGGGUGUUGAGAGGGUUAUGGAGAAGGUUGAGUCAGUCGACAAUCACAUUCAAAGGUUUCUGACACGUUGGGAUGACAAGGAUUCAAAAUUCUGGUUUGACUUGGACUCUGCGAUGCCAUCAAACUCUACUACUACACCACUCGCACCUGAGCCUUCAGUGAACACGAAGAAGAAAGGCGGUGGAAGGAAACAAGAAGCAAAUAUUUCAGAAGCUGUAUCAGGGUUUCUUGACAAUCAAGAGUCUAUUGUUCGACAAGCGUUGAAGGAGGAUCAGACUAAGGUUGUUGCGUUGAAGAAACAAGUAAAAAUGUUACAGAAUUUGCUUGAUGGGAUGUGA